AUGCCAGGAGGAAUCAUUCUUCUCACCUUGGUGACAGUUGGCAGCAUAGUGUUGUAUGUGGAGCCUGGAUUAGCAGAAGCUACUGAGAGGGAAAGCGAUGUCAAGUCAAGUGGACAGCAUCCACCCAAGGCAGGCCCACAAGAUGUUAAUGAUUUCUCACUGGAUUCGGAGAAUUGCGCUGAUUACACCGCUAUAAGACUGUUCCAGAUCGAUGGUAAUAAGACAGAAGGCUUGCUUUCAGCACACCCUGAGGAGUGCAAAAUUAACACGACUUGCUGGAAAUUUGAAUUAUAUUGUACAAAUGCCACCUCCUCCAAGUGUGUCACGUCUCACAAUCAGGUUGGAAUUAAAUACUAUCUGGGAUGGAUGAAAUUUAAGGUCAAUACAUCCAAGAAGGGCACCAACUACAGCAACUGUGAUUAUUUAGAUCAAUUUUGGAACAGUAGGAGUUGGUUGACAACUAUGCUCAGUGUCUCUGAUGCAAAUGUCCGCAUUCUCUGCCUAAAUUCAAGCUUUGGAAUCAGCCUGUAUCCAGGUUUUCACUUUAUUUUUGGGCUGAAUCAGAAUUUUGGUCUUGUUCAGUUUCACCAAGCGCUCAGGAACUUUACUGACACCAGUGAAUUUGACAUUGAAGUUGGAGCAAAGGUUCUCUACCCAUGCGAUGAACAAAGUGAGAGUGCUUCCAUGUAUUAUGAGAUGAGGGGAACAUGGAAUUCAACUACGUUCUAUGAAGUGAUUCAGUCAACAGAUAGUAGCUCAACAUCGGCACAUUCUGAGACAUCCAGCCAACCAAUAACUUUGAAUCUUAGCGGGAAGCCCCAGUCAAUGAGCCAAUUAGAAGAGAGCAGAAAAACCGCUGUUUCAACUGAGUGGCCUAAAUGGUGGCAGAUGACCUCAGACGCAGCAGCAUCUGAUACAACAGAAGCAACCUUUACUGCAUUCAGAGGUUCUCUCUCAAUCACUAACUGGACCUUUUGCAAUGACCUCAUCAACAAAACAAGCAUCAAUUACAGGAAACUGGAGAACAUCUUGAUGGCCCAGUUACCUCAGCUGCUAACUGAAGCUGCGGAAGUCAUAUUGAACUGUGCACUUGAAUUCACUGUAGUUGUGGAAGAAUUCAGCAAAGACAGCUUGAUUGUUAACUUGAUCCUUCUGACUCACCUUGUGAAGAACGUGAACCUUGCCAGCAUGAACUCUGUACUGUCUGCUGUCAACCAUUUGCAGAGCUUCAAUGAUUGUCUCUUACAGUUGUAUGGAAACAUUGAAGACUUUAUACCAUGUGAGAAUAACAUUUGUGUCUACAAUUGUAAUGUCACUAAUGGGAUGCACAAAUGCACGUGCUUAAAUGCAUUGAAUGGUGACAGCUUUAUGUGUAUGCCUAAUGAUACAAGCUCAUGUGAAGGAACCCAGGUUGUGAUUCCAGGACCUCUUGCACUGGAUCUUGAAAAAAUGGCACAGCUUCUAGACUUUGCAAAUAACACAGGAUGCUCUUUCAACAGAAGCACAGUUGGCACAUCUGGAAUUCUGCAUGUGAGAGAUUUGUGUUUGGACGUCACUGAUGUUGUCACAGAUCUGUGGCUGGAUUGGAAAAACAAUGAAAUUCUGCACUUGGUUUUGGAGGGACCCAAUCUCACAGUCUGCCAACUCUCAGUCCCCCCCAAAGAGCAGAUGAUAUUCAAAUUAAUUGAUAACACAGAUAGAUUUAAAGGAUCUUUCCUGGUUGGCUAUACACAACUGAAUAAAGAACAACCCCAUGCAUCUGAAAAAUUUGAAAGUUUGACGGGAAACCGGAUGGAUCAUCGGAAGACCUUGGCUGUUUACACAAAUGAAAGUCUGACUGUGAAUGUGAGCAUCCAGACCAGGCUGGCCAGUCACCCCAAGCUUUUUAUGAAGAGCUGUGAGGUUGUGUCAGUAUACCAAGAUUCUGAAAGGAUCAAGCUCAUCGAGGAUGGGUAA